UAAGAGGUAAGUGUUAAGGCAACACUGCCAAGGCAAGCCAAACCCAAACCCACCUCAAAACCCCUCUUAACAAAAUUGCAAACAAGCAAAGAAAGGAAUUCGUCACAGCUUCUCUCCCCCCCUAUUUCUCUCCCUCCUCCAAACCUAUUCAGAUUUCUCUCUCUCUCUCUCUCUCCACCCCAGCAGCUACCUUCUCAAGAACUACCAUGAUUCACAUUUUUCUUCUCUAUGCUCUCUGCUUCUCGGAUUUUGGAUUGAUACAUGGAGUUGAAGCUUUAGGUGUCAACUAUGGCCAAAUUGGCAACAAUCUCCUUCCACCACAGGAUGUCCUUGCCCUUUUAAACUCCCUAGAGAUAACCAAAACAAGAAUCUAUGAUACCAAUCCCCAAGUCCUCACUGCAUUUGCCAACACCGGUAUCGAACUUAUCGUCACCGUCGAAAACGAGAUCCUCGACGAUAUGAUGGACCCACAACAAGCCCUUCAAUGGGUUACCACCCACAUUAAACCCUACUUCCCUGCAACAAGAAUCACCGGCAUCUCUGUCGGCAAUGAGGUCUUCACAAGCAGUGAUUCUUCUGUAAUAGCUAAUGUAGUCCCUGCCAUGGUCAGUAUCCAUGGAGCACUGGUUCAACUAGGCCUAGACUCAUACAUACAAGUCUCUACAGCCAGUUCCUUAGGAGUCUUAGCCAACUCCUUUCCACCAUCUGCCGGUUGCUUCCGGAGUGAUCUCGCCGGAGUCAUGUCGCAGUUCUUGCACUUCUUAUGGAACACUAAAGCACCUUUUUGGAUCAAUGCUUACCCAUAUUUUGCUUACAAAGAUGAUCCAAAUAGAAUCCCUCUAGAUUAUGUUCUCUUCAAUCCUAAUCCAGGAAUGGUUGAUCCAUACACAAAGUUAAACUACGAUAACAUGUUAUAUGCACAGGUUGAUGCAGUGAUAUUUGCUGUUUCAAGAAUGGGUUUUGGAGGAAUGGAAGUUAGAGUUUCAGAAACUGGGUGGCCUUCUAAAGGAGACCCAAAUGAGUAUGGUGCAACUUUACAGAAUGCAGCAACUUAUAAUACAAAUUUGUUGAGAAGGCAGAUGAAGAAUGAAGGAACACCAUUGAGACCUGGACAGAGGCUUGAGGUUUAUGUGUUUGCUUUAUUUAAUGAAGAUAUGAAGCCUGGGCCAACUUCAGAGAGGAAUUAUGGACUUUAUAAACCUGAUGGCACCAUGGCUUAUAAUCUGGGGAUUUCUGCUUUAUCUACAACUCCUUCAUCAACUUCUUCUUCAUCAAUUCCUUCUUCAUUAACUCCGGCUUCCAUCUCUCUUACUUCCUCUGCUACUCAGGCCAAAGCAAGCAGAUAUGAAAGCUUGGAAUAUUGGAUUUUUGUAUACUUGUUGACAUUCCAAGUCUUAAUGAGAAGACCAUUCUAAGCAGAUAGAGUUGGCCAUG